CAGAUUCGUUAACCACUGCGCCACGGCGGGAACUCCUGUUUGUGUGUUUUUAAGACAUUAUUGUUACAAUUAUUAUGUUAUUACUUUGCCAUAAUUUCCUCAGCUAGAGAUUGAAUCUAAGCUGCAGCUGGGACCUCUGCAUAGCUACGGCAACACGAAAUCCUUUAUUUUAUUUAUUUAAUUUUUUUUUGUCUUUUUAGGGCUGCAUUGGUGGCAUGUGGAAGUUCCCAAGCUAGGGGUCAAAUUGGAGCUACAGCCGCUGGCCUACACCACAGCUCACAGCAAUGCUGGAUCCUUAACCCACUGAGCGAGGCCAGGGAUCGAACUUGCGUCCUCAUGGAUACUAGUCAGAUUCGUUUCCGCUGAGCCAUAACAGGAACUCCCACACGAGAUCCUUUAACCCACUGUGCCGGGCCAGGGAUUGAACCCGCAUAUCCACAGCAGCCCGAGAUGCUAAAGUCAGGUUCUUAACCCACUGCGCCACAGUGAGAACUCCAAGAUUCAAUUUUUUUUUUUUUUUUAGAGUGGUUUUGGGUUCACAGCAAAACUGAGGAGGUACAGAAGCUCCCCGCCCCCGCCACCGGCCUCCUCUCCACAAGCACAGUCUCCCCCGUGAUCAACAGCCCAGAGCGGGAUGCUUCUUACAACUGAUAAACCUACGCCGACAUCUUAGUCACCCCAAAUCCACAGUUUACAUUAAGGUUCACCUGGUGCUAUACAUUUUGGGGUUUGGAAAGACACAUGAUCUACCACCAAGAUCAUACAGUGUUUUCUUGGACCUAAAAACCCUAUGCUCAGAGUUCCCUUGUGGCUCAGCAGGUUAAGGAUCCCAUGUUGUCACUGCUGUGGCUCUGGUUACUGCAGUAGCGCAGGUUCAAGCCCUGGCUCAGGAACUCCCACAUGCUCUGGCUAAAAAGGAUAUUCAUGCUCCCCCCACCCCACCAAACCCCUGAUUUUUUUUACUGUCGCCAUGGUUUUGUCUUUGCCAUGAUGUUUUGAAAGGAUCCCUUUGUGGUCAGUUGCAGCAAGAGCAGGGAGCUGGAAGAUGGCCCCCCGGGGACCUGGAAGAAGGGUCCCCCAUCAGAAGGCCUUGGCUCAGGGGGUUCAUGACAAGAAGACCAGGAGGUGGCCUGGGUGGAGCAGAAGGAAAACCUAGAUGCUGUCUGCAGAGGCAUCGAGAGGGAGCUGGGGCGGACGGGUUUACAAGUGGGAGGGACGGUGAUGGACUGGAGGGGAGCUGGGACCGGGGGUUCAGCACAGCCUCUCCGACUAGGUUUCACUUUGGCGGAGGCCGGGAGGGAUAAGCCGAUGGAAGCUGGGUCUCAGGUUUGUCCACGUAGGGUGGACGCCCAAGGCUGGAGCCGGGUGAGGAAGCUGGUGCUCAGCGAUCCCGCCAAGGCGAGGGAGGGCGCGGAGCAGGGCACUGAACCCAAGGUGAGCCCAGGCAGGCGGGGCUGGCGAGGCCCUGAGGGACAGAGCAGGGGGAGCAAAGGCACUGCCCAGAGGGGUGCAGCUGCGCCCUCUUGCGGCCGCCGGGUUCGCCCGGCGAGCGCAGGGAGAGGAGGGAGCGAGGCGGCGUUCCGGCCGAGCUGCUCUGGGUCGGUCAGUGCCCCUGUACCCGCCAGCCAGGCCACCCCAGCGCUGCCCCCCUGUCGCCUCGAGGAUCUGGACGAAUCAACAUCUCUCUCCCUUCCGGGCUUCCUCUCCCCCCACUCUUCAGUGCAACGGUCAAGGACGAACCUGGGCUCAAGUCCAGCCGCCAUGGACACAGGUGCCUCGGGCUCCUGCAGGGUCACAGAACCCGCUCGCUGGUGGGCGUGGGCUGCGUCCUCCCGCCUCUGGGGGGGGGGCGCCCCUCCCCCUCCAAAGGUCACAACCAGUAGCAAAAAAACCCGAAAAAAAAAAAAUAAACUUAAGCGCUUGGGUAAAAAUUAAAUGGGCGGCAGCAGAUAGGUUCCAAAGUCCCACAGGUGGGGGGUGGGGAGGGGGAGCAGGCGUGGGCGAUGCACCUAAGCCCCGGCUCUGGGCUUUCUCCGCUGAUCCUGGUGGCCUGGUCUGGUAAAUGCUGACACCUCCCACCUCAGUGUCCUGGGGCAGCACCAGAGGAGCCCCAGCCCCAAGCCGUCCCUAGCCUGCCAGUAGGGUGGACUUGAAUGUCCACAGACCCAUCCAGCCUUGGCACCAAGGACUGCCCUGGGGGCCCGUAGAGCUGCCCCCGGGGACCAGAACCCCCAGACUUGGGAACCCUCUGUCUCCAACCAGUUCAGCCCCCCGUCGGGAGGGGCACUGGGGAGAUCAAAGCUGGUGAGGGGCAGAGCCCACCCCGGCACUCCCCCUGCAGAGGCCGGACGGGGCGCGGCACAGGCCCGGUCGCCUCCCGCUCCUGGCCGGGCACGUGGGCCGGGUCCGCGGUAGCCGCACAAGGGCCUCAUUCACCGCGCGCCAGCGUCUGGGGAGGCCGCACCAGGAGCCCCCUCAUCCCUGGGCCUGAGCGCGUGCGCCGCGAGGACCAAGCAGCGCCCAGCCUGGACAGAAAGGGCUCCGGACGACGUGGCUGCAGCGGAGGCAGCUCCCGCUGUGGAGUGGAGGCGUGGGACCACGUGAGCGGACGCCCGACUCCAGGGUCUCGUUGGGAGACUUGCAGGCACAAGACAGGUAGGGUUUAAACAGCCCUCAAUCACAUGCCUGGACCCGGAGGGGCUGGCUGAGCUUCGAGGUGUCUGGGGGCCCUGCCUGGUGAGGUCUUCGGAGGAAGGGAACAGCUCUCAUAAUGUCCCCCGAAGGGCAGGCCUGCCGUUUAGCCCACAGCUCACGCCAGGCCGGAGCCAGGUCCAUCAUCCACAGCCCCGGUGCUGGGCAGUGCCCACUGCCAGGGUGACCAGGCUCUCAGGAGCAGAGAGGGGGACGUCAAGAGCUGAGUCUUAGCUAAGCUCACAGGUCCGCCUGGCUGCCCUCGACGGCGGACAGUGGCGCGUGUGUUCCACGUGUGCCCGUGUGGUCUGAGACUCACGCUGCGGAGUGGGGUCCGCGGUCCCAGGACGCCCCAGGCGGGGACAGGCUCUGUUCACCCCAACCCCCUCCAGGCGGCGGCAGAGGUGAUGGAGGAGCCACCAGAGCGAACAGGGCGCUUCAGAAGGGGGAGCAGAGGGGCGUCUGGUGCGGGCACUGGGUGAUGGAGCCGCGCCUGGAUGGGACUGCCUGGGAGCCAUGGCGUUGGGGCGGCCACUGCAGCCUGUGUCUCGGUGACGUCCUCUGACAGGUCCUGACGGGACACUGACACAUCUGGCCACCCCACCCACUUCAACUCACUUUGCAGGUUGUCCGGGGGCGGCCGUGCCCCAGGAUGGAAGAGUCCCCAGAGUGCGCACCGCAGGGCCGGGGCCCAGUGCUGGUCCGCCGGCGGCCCCCGGAGCGCCCAGGCCUGCGUGAGGCUCUGAAGGCCAGGCUGCGGCGGGGCUGCACGUGCAGCGUGCAGGGGGCCUGGGCGCUGCUGCAGGGCCUGUUCCCUGCCAUGCACUGGCUCCGGCGCUACCGGGCGAGGGAGGACCUGGCAGGCGACGUCAUGUCGGGGCUGCUCAUCGGUAUCAUCCUGGUGCCGCAGGCCAUCGCCUACUCGCUGCUGGCCGGGCUGCAGCCCGUCUACAGCCUCUACACGUCCUUCUUUGCAAACCUCAUCUACUUCCUCAUGGGCACCUCGCGCCACGUCUCGGUGGGCAUCUUUAGCCUGCUCUGCCUCAUGGUGGGCCAGGUGGUAGACCGGGAGCUCCUGCAGGCCGGCUUCGACCCUGCCCAGGACGGCCCGGGGCCCGAAGCCAACAGCAGCGCCCCCAAUGCCUCAGCCACCACACUGGCGCUCGGGCUGCAGGACUGCGGGCGGGACUGCUACGCCAUCCGCGUCGCCACUGCCCUCACGCUGGUGGCCGGGAUUUACCAGGUCCUCAUGGGCAUCCUCCGGCUGGGCUUCGUGUCCGCCUACCUCUCACAGCCUCUGCUGGACGGCUUCGCCAUGGGGGCCUCGGUGACCAUCCUGACCUCGCAGCUCAGGCAUCUGCUGGGUGUGCAGGUCCCACGGCACCAGGGCCCAGGCCUGGUGAUCAGCACGUGGCUGAGCCUCCUGCGUGGCGCUGGGCAGGCCAACCUGUGCGACCUGCUCACCAGCGCCGUGUGCCUGACCGUGCUGCUGGCCGCUAAGGAGCUCUCGGACCGCUGUCGGCACCGCCUGAAGGUGCCGCUGCCCGCAGAGCUGCUGGUCAUCGUGGUGGCCACGCUUGCGUCCCACUUCGGGCGCUUCCACCAGCGCUUCGGCUCCAGCGUGGCUGGUGACAUCCCCACUGGUUUCGUGGCCCCACGGGUGCCAGACUUGGGGCUGAUGUGGCGUGUGGCGCCGGAUGCCGUGUCACUGGCCCUCGUGGGUUCUGCCUUCUCCAUCUCGCUGGCGGAGAUGUUCGCCCGCAGCCACGGCUACUCCGUGCGUGCCAACCAGGAGCUGCUGGCCGUGGGCUGCUGCAACGUGCUGCCCGCCUUCUUCCACUGUUUCGCCACCAGCGCCGCCCUGGCCAAGAGCCUGGUGAAGACGGCCACCGGCUGCCGCACGCAGGUGUCCAGCGUGGUCAGUGCCGCCGUGGUGCUGCUGGUGCUGCUGGCACUGGCACCGCUGUUCCGGGACCUGCAGCGGAGCGUGCUGGCCUGCAUCAUUGUCGUCAGCCUGCGGGGGGCACUGCGCAAGGUGAGGGACGUCCCUCGGCUGUGGCGGCUCAGCCCAGCCGACGCUCUGGUCUGGGUGGCCACUGCUGCCACCUGCGUGCUGCUCAGCACCGAGGCCGGGCUGCUGGCCGGCGUCCUCCUCUCCCUGCUCAGCCUGGCCGGCCGCACACAGCGCCCACGGGCCGCCUUGCUCGCCCGCGUCGCGGAUUCCAGCUUCUACGAGGAUACCGCGGAGUUCGAGGGCCUGGUCCCCGAGCCUGGCGUGCAGGUGUUCCGCUUCGCAGGGCCACUCUACUACGCCAACAAGGACUUCUUCCUGCAGUCACUCUACCGCCUCACCGGGCUGGACGCGGGGCGCGCAGCCUCCAGGGGGAGGGAGCGGGGCCCGGGGGGGCAGGGGGGCCGAGGAGAGCCUGUCGAGAGCAGGGACCUGGGCCCUGUGAGCAGCGCGGCCGCGCUGGUGCCCACGGCGACCUGCUUCCAUGCGGUGGUCGUGGACUGCGCCCCGCUGCUGUUCCUGGACGCCACUGGCCUGGCCACGCUUCAGGACCUGCGCCGGGACUACGGGGCCUUGGGCAUCAGUCUGCUCCUGGCCUGCUGCAGCCCCUCGGUGACCGACACCCUGAGGCGAGGCGGCUUCCUGGGGGAGGAGCCUGGGGACGCGGCCGAGGAGGGGCAGCUGUUCCACAGCGUGCACAGCGCUGUGCUGGCGGCCCGAGCCUGCCACGGGGAGCCCGCGGCCACCGAUUCCACCCUCUAGAAGAGCCAGCGCUGCCACCAGCCUCCAUGCACACCAUCAGUCCCUGCAGUCUCGCUGUCCCCACCCUGCAGGCACCAGGGAACCCCAAGUGGGACGGGGAGGCCGGCGAUGUGAACACACUAAGGGCCCAGGCACUCAGGAAACCACAGCCGCACCUCUGAGACAGGCGGUGCCACAUUGGGCCCAGUGCUGGGCGGCCGCGGUCCAUGGAGCUGGGGUGACACUCAGUCUCCUGUCUCACUUGAACAAGGACCUCGAGGCAGUCACCCAGCCUCCAAGGUGCCAGAAGGACAUUGGUCCCUUGGCCCGCCAGCCCCCACCCCAGCAGGUGAGAGCUGGCAGCCCUGGCCAGGGGCCUGAGGGUCUCUGUGGCUCUGGAAACCCAGCAGUACACAAAAACAAUGCACACAUUUCUCACACCUCCUGCCUCAGCCCCACUGGCCUUGCAGGGCCCUAGGCAGCUGUGACCGACACAACCUCAGCCUGGCCCUUGGCACGGCGUCCCUGCACGGCCUGACCUUUGAGCACACAGCACGGCGCAUGGGUGCCCUCCCGCUGUCAUGGGGUCAGCUGCGCCUCCAGGGUGGCCUCCAGCAGGAGACCAGUGUGCCCGAUGCAGAGGUCCCCCCAGCACCACGGCGCCGGUGGAGCCGGACGGCGUCCUCCGUUCUCCCCUCCCUGCAGGACACUCAGCCAAGAGGCGGAGGGGCCGUGGCUCCUUGGAGCAGGAGUCCCCAGCCCCGGUGCCCCCACCCAGGGCCCCAUACUGCACUGUCCACACCCAGGCGCCACCCCUCUCCGUCUCAGCCUUCAUCUCCAGACCACGGGCUGUGCCCAGAGGCCCCCGGGCCGCCCAUUCCUCCAUCACCCACCUGGCUGUGACAAGGCCCAGCAGCCAGUGGGCCCGAACCUGCUGGAUGCCACCAUGAGGGACGGCGCCCACGUAGGCCAGGUUGAGCUGCUGGUCCCAGCUGAGGUCAUACCGGUGAGCCUGGCUGUGCGGCAGGGGAGGACUGGGCACGAAACAAGGGGGAGCGGGGGUGUUAGUCCUGAGGGCAGGGCCAGUGCAGCUGCCUCGGCACCCCCACAAGUUCAGGGCUGAGACUGGCGUGUCCCCUGGUCAGUUUUACUGUCCUGAUGUAAUAAAAAGACCUCUGACGUCAGGAA